AUGAGACAGAGCGAUCCUUUUUCUUCAAAGCUUUUUAAUGCCUGCCUCGAGAUGGUGUUCCGCAAAAUGAACUGGAAGGGCUGUGUGAACAUCAACGACAAACAGCUCAAUCAUCUACGCUUAUCGGAGGACGUGGUUCUCAUCGCGAAUAACGCUCGAGAAAUGACCGAGAUGCUGCAAGAGCUCAAUGAACGAAGUAAUGAAGUGGGCUACAAAAUCAGCGCAACGCAAACGAAGGCGAUGCAAAGUGUCUGCAUGUUGAAGACCAUUUUGCAGGUAGACAGCGUGGACUUUAAAGAUGUCAACACCUAUGUUUAUUUGGGUCAAGAAUUGAAGAUGCGCCAUGAUGUUCUACGGAAAAUUAUACGUCGAAGUGCUGCCGGAUGA